AUGGCGAUUUUGAUGUGUCCUCAAUGGAGUCCAUCCAUUCUGAACCGAGACACGCUUCAGUAUCUUUCCCUCUGCUAUCGCAUUGCAAUCCAGCAAGACCCUCAGGGCGGAUUCACUUUCCAACUCGCAAAUCAACAAUUCCGCCCAGCAAUGCCACUGCAUAUCGCGCCAGAGCUGCCAUUCCUCGAUGUAUCGAUACAACAGCGUCGAAACUUGCAAGAACACAUGCCUGUUUUGAAAGAGGUUCGCCUCCGACUGAUCUUCUUUUGCCCUCCACGACGCUCUCUAACUCCACUCAAAAGGCAAGAGCGGUGA